GAGCUGGAUCUCAACCAGGAUGGCCUGCUGAGUUUCCAGGAGAUGGACGAGCUUCUGCAGACCUUGGCGCCACAGCUGUCCCAAGGGCAACGCCAGAAGCUCUUCUGCGCCGCCGAUGUGACGCUGGACGGAAGGGCGUCCAGCUCUGAUGAACAGGAAAAGCUGCAGGAGAUCAUCAAAAAAUUGCAGCGUGAAGACUUGUCCCGCGUUGAACCUCAAGAGUCUCAAGAGGGAUUGGCAGCACUGGAUUCAGAGGUGCGGAGUAUUGAAUGCAUCGUUGAGGUCUCUUGGGUGACUGCGCGUGUCGCAGUGGCGGCAGUUGAGCGCCCACGCCACACCGUCCACGACGCAAUGGCAGAAUUGGUGGUCUACGGCCGGGAGAGCUGCAGUGCCUGUAAGCGCUUCAGGGGAAGCUGCGAGCACCACGGGAUCAAAUACAGGUUUGCAGAUAUCGACAGUGGUAGCAACAAGGCGGAAAUGCUUCGCAAAUUGCGCGCCACUGAGUGGUUCAAAGGUGGCAAAUUUGGAUUGCCAUUGGUGGACGUCUAUGGGAAGCUGCUGGAGCGCCCCAGCGAAGCCGCGGUGAAAGCUGCUAGGGAUGCAUUGCCCAAAAAUGAUCAGGUGGGGAGCGAGGGACGGAGCCAGGUAGAGAAUCUCAAGAGGCAGUUCAAGGACGCUGGGACCCACCGCCAACAAACUUUGGUUCCAUGG